CAGCUGCUGCUCUGAAUGAAGCACAGACAAAUGGCUGCAGGGUUCUCCUGUGAAAUAGUGAGAGCCGAAAUGGACCCUGAUUUCUCCAAGGAGCAGCUAGCAGAUCUGUUCAUCAGUAGUGCAUGUCUGAUCUCAGUGAAACAAUCCUCUGCUACCAAGAAAAUCAUCAUCAUCUUAGAGAAUUUGGAUAAAUCUUCACUGUCUGAGUUGCUGGGGGACUUUUGGGGACCUCUGGAAAAUCACAGCACUGAGAGACCCUGUACUUUCCAGAAAAGAAAUGUAACAUCUGAAUGUUACUGCUUUCAUGAGAACCACUUUCUGAUGGGAACCAUUGCCAAGGCCUGUGUCCAGGGCUCUGACUUGCUGGUACAGCAGCAUUUCCACUGGGUUCAGCUGCAGUGGGACGGGGAGCCUGUGCAUGGGCUGCUACAGAGGUUCCUGAGAAGGGAAGUUGUGAACGAGUUACGAGGGCAGGUGCCCUCCCCCUGCGAUCCCGUGUGCAAGAUGGUUGACUGGGCCCCAGCUGUCUGGCAACAGCUCAGCGUGUGCCUGGCCGGCUUGGGCACACUGGAAGCACUUCUUGGACCAAAGUAUUUCCUGUCUUGUCCUGUAAUCCCAGGGUAUAUACAAGCAACAGUUUACCUGCUGCUGGUUCGGGAUGCUGGGUCAGAAGCCAGCACUUCAUCGCUUACAGCACAGUUGCAGCCUAGGUUUCAUAUGUGCAUCAGUUCCCCCAGCUUCUCGGGUGGAUGUGGAAUUGUGUCCAGAGUUCAAGAAGCAAUAUUGUCAGGAACCUCUGAGAAAAGACAGCCAGGCCUUGGGCACACAACCAAAAUCCCUAGCCAAAGGGAGCAGGCUGUGGUGAGAGCUGCUCUCAGCAUCUUGAUUAAUAAAGCUGUUCUGCAUGGCUGUUCCCUCCAGAGAGCAGAGCUGGACCAGCAUACAGCUGAUUUCAAAGGAGGAAGUUUCCCUUUAUCCAUAGUUUCAAGUUACAACAGUUGUAGCCAAAAGAAAGAAAGUGGUGCCUGGGGAAAGGUGAGAACCAGUCCUUGCAAGAAGUCUGGGCAUUUCUCUUCAUUCACCUGGAACAAGCCGGAUCUGAGUGAGGAAGGUAAGGGGGCCAGGCAUGUAUCAAAAAUAAUAUUGCAGCUGAAUUGUAACAGGAAUGCUUCUCUGUCAAAACAAAAGUCUUUAGAGAAUAAUAUAUCAUUGAUGUUGAAUUUGGAUCAAAGACUCUCUAUGGGUUCAGAUGAUGAAGCCGACCUUGUGAAGGAACUUCAGAGCAUGUGUUCCUGCAAAUCUGAAUCUGAUAUAAGCAAGAUUGCCGAUUCCAGGGAUGAUUUAAGGAGGUUUGAUAGUUCAGGAAACAAUCCUGCAUUGUAAGCAACUGUUAAUAAUUCAAGAAUGCCAGUGUCACAAAAGGAGGUCAGUCCUCUCAGCAGCUAUCAAACACCUGAAUGCAGCAAUAGUAUAUCAGAGACUGAGUUGGGUGUUUCAGGAGUUAAAUCUUUUCUUCCUGUUCCUAGAAGAGUCACCUAGUGUUUCCAGAGCACUGAAAGCAGCAGCAGUAACACACGGCAAAUAGAAAUAAACAACAACUCAAAAGAAGAGAUUUGGAACUUAUGCAAAAAUGAACAAGUAGAAAAACCUAACAAAUAG